AUGGAUGAGAGACUACUUGGAUCGGAACCUAAAGAUAAUAGCAAUCUGGCAUGGAGAAUUUGGGUGGAAACGAGAAGAAUAUGGAAGAUAGCAUUUCCUUCCAUGCUAGCUAGGGUAACUCAAUUUGGAAUGUUUGUGGUGACACAGGCAUUUAUCGGACAUCUUGGUGAAGUUGAGCUUGCAGCUUAUGCACUCAUACAAAUCAUUACUGUGAGAUUUGCAAAUGGGAUAUUGGUGGGAAUGUCAAGUGCAACUGAGACUCUGUGUGGGCAAGCGUUUGGAGCAAGGCAAUACCACAUGAUGGGAAUCUAUUUGCAAAGGUCAUGGAUCAUUAAUAUUACUGCUGCAACAAUAUUGAUCCCUAUUUUCAUCUUCUCAACACCAAUUUUCAAGCUACUUGGAGAGAAUGAAGAUGUAGCAGAAGUUGCUGGAUACAUUUCUUUGUGGUUCAUUCCAGUUCUCUGCUAUUUUCCCUUCACCUUUAGUAUCCAAAAGUAUUUGCAGACACAGCUCAAAAACACAGUUGUCGGGUGGCUAUCUGCUCUCACAUUUGCUCUUCAUGUUCUCUUGUCAUGGAUUUUUGUGAGCAAACUACACUUUGGAAUUCCUGGUGCAAUGGGUGCCAUGAUUAUAUCUUAUGCCUUAGUGUUGAUUGGAUUGUUCGUGUAUGUCUUUGGAGGUUGGUGUUCCAACACAUGGAGAGGUUUCACAUCAGCUGCCUUCCGUGAUUUAUUACCUGUAGUGAAGCUCUCAAUAUCCUCAGGCGUGAUGCUUUGCUUAGAGCUGUGGUACAAUGCUGUUUUAGUCUUACUCGCUGGAUACAUGAAGAACUCUACGGUUGCAAUAUCUGCCUUUUCAAUCUGCCUCAAUAUCAUUGCUUGGGAAUUUAUGGUCUUCCUUGGCUUCCUAACUGCUGCUAGCGUUCGGGUUUCAAAUGAAUUAGGGAGAGGAGAUGCUAAAGCUGCAAGAUUUUCCAUUAAAGUCAUCACUAGUACUUCUAUAUGUCUUGGAGUAUUCACAUGGAUUCUAUGUUUAGUCUUCGGUCAUAAAAUCGCUUAUAUGUUCACAAGUGACGAAGACAUUGCAGAAUCUGUUUCAGAUUUAUCUAUCCUGCUCAGUAUCUCUGUCUUAGUCAACAGUAUACAGCCAGUGCUCUCAGGCAUAGCUGUUGGUGCUGGUCAGCAAAGUGUAGUUGCAUAUGUUAACAUAGGUUGUUACUUUCUCAUCGGGGUGCCAGCAGGAGUCUUUCUUGGAUAUUUGGUCCAUCUAGGAAUAAAAGGAAUAUGGAUCGGAAUGAUCAUUGGCGUUGUAGCACAGUCACUCGUGCUCGGCUACAUUACUUUCAAGACAGAUUGGAAUGAACAGGUUAAGAAAGCAUCUGAACGACUGAAUAGGUGGCUCUUGAAUCCUUCCGACGAAUCCAGGGGAGGUUCUGCCUAGGAAAGACGCGAUGGAAGAAUUCCUCAAUGUUGUGCUUGAUGGCAACCACCAGCUUGGUCAAUAACUAAAUAAGAUUGAACGAACCAAAUUUGAGGUUCUAGGCAAUAAAGAACCUUUUGGAAGAAAAACUUCUCUUUCCAAAUGUACCUUUUAAAUUUUGUAUAUUGCCUUUGUUCUUUCUAACAUGAGUAUUAAUUAUCGGAUGUCGUACAAUAACCUUACAAGAAAGUUAUGCAACUAAAGAUUAAGUUCAAUGAAACUAAAGAAUCAAACAUAGAUCAGAGACUUUUAUAGGUGGGUGCUAUUUAACAUUGUAAUAUAAGAUUGGCCAAACACUAGAAUGGCAUUUCAAAGAGCACAAUUUUUGGUGUAGUUUCAGAGAUAUGGACACAACUCUUAUGUUACAAUAUCUGCAGAGAACAGGAAAAAAAAAAAAAAAAGGGAAGAGUUGA